CCGGGGCCGGGGCUGGGCCGGACCGGAGCGGGGCCGCUCCGGGGCUGCGGCUGCUCCGGACGGGCCGCGCGGGACCGCCUGUAAUUGCUGAGGCUCUGUAAAAUGGCUUUACGCUUCCGCAGCGUCCUCCCAUACGCCAUACCUGGAGUGCUGGCGCUUCUUGGCUACUGGUGGAUCUAUUCCCGUAGAAAAAAACAUGCCAGCUCUCCCAGCAAACAAGCAACAGCCAUCGAAGAAGAGCAGCAGGAAGAAGUGCGAGAGAAUGGUUCAUCACCCAAAGCAGCAGCAUGUGUUCCUCAAAGACGGCCUCUCUCCUCGGAAGAGGGAUGCCCAGAAAACAAACCCUCGACCUCCCUGCUCUCAGCGGGGUUGACGACGCCCUCUCUUCUGUGUCACACUCACGAGAGGCCAGAUCUCUCACAGGACCUUCCAGGCCUGUCAGUAACUACAGUUCAGCCCAGCACCCUUGAGGACGACAGUGAAAAACUAGAAACGAUAGGAUCUCGAGAUGAAAGCAGAGCUGCUGCUGGUGUUUCUCCCCUUCUGAUCUCCAAGAGCGGGCGGUGUCGCAGCGGUGCUGCUGUCAGCCUUGCACGGGAUUCAGGCCCUCGUGCAAACCAACAUCAGUGGCCAACAGCAUCAGUGACACUGACACAGGAGUCUUUGGGAAUCACGGAGAAGAUCAGCAAUGCAGAGCAGUCAGAUGAGUCUUCAUUUAAGCCCCCUAAGGAAAGCCAGGUGCCAGACAUUGUGCUGUCAGAUACUGGCUCUGUGACCGCCCCCGGCUUGGGAUUAGAGAAGGAAGCCAAUACCCCACAAGCCUUUCUCAGUAAUGAAGUUGAAGUUGUAUCAAGUCACAAGGAUUCUGCAGUGAGCAUGUUACCAGAUAGUUUGGGGUCUGCCUGUUUGGAGCAGUCCAGGAAAGAAGAGAUGUCUGAAUCAAUUGCCAGAACUGUACCUGUAUGUCAGAAGAAGGACACGCAGCUGAAAGGACAUGAAUUGGAAAGAGACAACGUGGGAGGAGUGAGUUUGGACAAAGAAGAAGUUGAGAAAAUUGAGCAAGUAGCAAUACAGAUAAUUUCCAAGGUUAUUUUGGCAGCAACUGAGGAAGUGCUGUCUGGUUCUACAAGUGAUGUGCCCACUUGGAUCUGCCAGACUGCUGCCAGCCAAGUUGAGAGACCUCUGGAGAUGGCAAACCGUGUUCCCUCUGAUCAGAUGCUUGUGGAGGAGGCUCCAGCAGCUGGUCAGAACGUUGCUGUGAAGAGUGAUGCUGCAGUACCAACAUCCCUGCAGACAGAGGAGCAGGAUCAGAGUGUGACAGACUCCAGCUGUCUCUCACAUGGCUGCUUUUCCUGCCCUGUUCAGGGGGACACAAAAGACUGUCAGAUGAAGAGCUGUUCGUGCAGUGGGGAAGUGCUGUCUGGUUCUGCAAGUGACGUGUCCACUCAGAUCUGCCAGGCUGCUGCCAGCCGAGCUGAGAGGCCUCUGAAGGCAGCAAGUGUUGUUUCCUCUGAUCAGGUGCUUGUGGAGGAAGCUGCAGGAACAGAGGAGAACGUUGCUGUGAAGAGUGAUGCUGCAAGAAUGAUAUCCCUGCAGACAGAGGAGCGGGAUCAGAGUGUGACAGGCUCCAGCUGUUCCUCACACGGCUGCUUCUCCUGCCCUGUUCAGAGAGACACAAAAGACUGUCGGAGGAAGAGCCAUGUGUGCAGUGGGUCCCAAGGAGUUGAUCAGACUCCUGUGAAAAACCAUCGAGGGCCACUGGACAAGUCAGCUUUGGUUAUGGAGGACUCUGGGUGCAGCACGUAUGUAUCUGAAGGUGGGUCAAGGGUGGAGGACCCACUGCAGAACACAACGCUGUCUGUCACAUCAGGCCAGCAUUCGGACUCGCUGAGCUUAUCUACAAGCCAAGACACAUCUGCUGAGCAGAGCUCAGAACCAAGUGAAGAACCUGCUCUGAAGCUACCUGAAGGCAGCCAAGUGCCAUACAGUAAUGGGACACUGGAAGAGGAUGGUCCAGAUUUGCAUCAUGAAUGUAGCAGGGCACCAGAGACGGAUGGAGACCACUCGGGAGGUUCAGAUAUAAAUAGCGUGGAUUUUGUGGACAGUGGCUGUGCCAUGAGGAAGACAGUGACUCGGCGGAACUCUAAGCUAGGAGGAGAACCCAGCAAGUCCGACUUCGUUAUCUGGGAAAUAGAGGUCCCCAAGGAGCUAGUUGGCCGCUUGAUUGGCAAGCAAGGAAGAUUUAUGAGCUUCUUGAGGCAAGCGUCUGGUGCCAAAAUCUAUGUUGCAACACUGCCUUAUUUCCGUGACUCCCAAGUCUGUCACAUUGAAGGCUCCUCUCAUCAAGUGGAAAAAGUACUGAGCCUGAUUGGCAAGAAAUUUAAAGAGCUGUGUCUCACCAACAUCUAUGCUCUACCUCCACCAACACCACUGACACUUCAUUCCCUCCUUAUGACUGCCUGGCUGUUCCUCCCAGAUGGAGUCACUGUAGAGGUGGUCGUGGCAAACCAAGUGGAUGCAGGACACAUGUUUCUACAGCAGCACACACAUCCCACUUUCCACGUCUUGCGUAGCCUGGACCAGCAGAUGUAUGCCUGCUAUUCUCAACCUGAAAUUCCAACCCUGCCAACUCCAGUAGAAGUUGGUAUUAUCUGUGCAGCUCCAGGCCUGGAUGGGGCAUGGUUACGGGCUCAAGUUAUUAGCUACUUCGAAGACACCGGUGAAGUGGAGCUCAGAUAUGUGGACUAUGGAGGAUAUGACAAAGUCAAGGUCGACACACUCAGACAAAUCAGGUCUGACUUUUUAUCACUACCUUUCCAAGGAGCAGAAGUUUUACUAGACAACGUGGUGCCACUUCCAGACGAGGAUCACUUUUCAUCCGAAGCUGAUGCUGCUGUUAGUGAGAUGACCAGAGGUGCAGUCCUGGUGGCUCAGGUCACAAAUUAUGACAGUGCAACAGGUCUGCCACUGAUACAGCUGUGGAACUUGAUGGGAGAUGAGGUGGUGUCAGUAAACAGAACUCUGGUGGAAAGAGGUUUUGCUCAGUGGCUUGACUACUAGCAAUGUCCUAGAUGCCUCGACAACUCUUUCUGCAGAACAAAACAAGAGAAGAAAUCUUGUGUUGCACUGUUACAAUUCGGUUUGGCAACCUUUCCCAAGAAAACCUGUUUACACCUGAGUGUGGAGCUGUGGUCCAUUGAAACUUGUUUUGCUCAACUGUUACCAUUUCACUAGAAGCACAUACCUCAUCUCAGUGAAAGGCGGGGUGUUCAAAGCCAUAAUGACAGAUACUGUAGCUUUAAAGCAAAAAAUCCUCCCUGGCCUCUGCUCAAAAGUUGAAUGGAAAAGGCCUGAAAACCUUGGGGCUUGCUGGAAACUGGCAAAUGUCCCCAAAUUGUCACCUGUGGUUGUGUUGUUUGAUAUGUAAAAUGCCCCAUGAACUUGGUGUCUGCUUUUCCUAAAAGUCACAUUGAUUGAUUGUCCUUUUUUUUUUUAACAGGCUCUGCCUAUGAAAUCAAGGAAUUUCAUGUUCAGUUAUGGAUUUUGUCUGUAUUGUGCCACUAACCUGCACAAACAGCAUUCAUCUUGUCUUUCCUGUGCCAGGAGGUGAAUGAAUUGCAUUUGUUGCACUUAGAGUGGCACAUGUCUCACUGCAGUCAUGGUUUUUAGGCUUGAUAUGCUUAAGGAGGCAAAGCUUCUCUGUGCAGAUGCUCAAAGUGCAGGAUAUAUUACCACUACAAUUUUUGCUCUAAAAUGUCAUGUAUUUAAAGAAAAGACCUGAUUGCCAAGCCCAAUUGUAGUUUAUAUUUUUCUAGCUGUGCAAAUCUGUAAAUAUAUAUAAAAAAAAUUGUAAUAUUUUGUACAAGAGAAAAAAAACACUGGAAACAAAGGGAACUUUACUGAAACUUUUUCACACCAAAAUGUCCUAUGUAGGUAGAACUGGUUUGGAGUGCAUUAGGGUAGCCAGCAUAUUUGGAGCCUCUGGAUGUUGGGAGUGUUUCAGCUCUGCUGUAUACAGGAUUAGCAUUCCCUUAGAUUGUUGUCUGGUUUGAAUUGUGAUCACUGCAUUCUUUGCUAUGUUGCUGUACAGAUCUGUUUAAAAAAAAAAGUAACAACUUGGCAUUAAUUUGCAGUGGUGUUCUCUCUCAAUUUAUUUAUUUUUUUUUUUGCUCCUUUUUAGAUUUCUCUCUCAUUUAAAAAUUUUGCUCAAGUAAUUUAAGCUGACUUAAUACUCUUAAACACAGGCCCUCUAAUGUAUAUCAUUUUAGAUAUGUAUUGAGCUGGGAUUUAUUGCUGGCAGAGAAGAUACUUGCCAGGAAAAUGUUGAUGUAGUCAGUCCUCAGAAGUUUUUUCAGGUGGAUCCAAGGAUGUCCUUACAUCCUAUGAGCUAACAUGUCAGUGCAUCACAUGUUUGGGUAGUUGCCUACAAAAGCAUUUGGUCCAAUCCCUUCUUAUAUGGUAUGGUUGGUUCUUUUUUUUUUUCUCUCCUGUUUGGCACUUCUGAUUUAAUGUUCAUGUUUGCAGUAACAUCCAAUGAAAACUAAAUUUGGUGACUCAGUUAAAUCUAUAAAACAUAUAUCCUCUUGGAAUGUUUCUUUCCAUUUCAAUUAAAGCUCGAAUUUUAAGCCAUCUUAAUCAAA